AUGUCAGCUUCGCCCCCUGACCAGGGCAUCUCCGAUGGUCAACCAGUGGCCCCACCGGGACGGCCUCCGCACCGCGGCAACCGCCGUCUCCAACAGACUCAGCACCAAGUAGAUGAGGUGGUGGAUAUCAUGCGCGUCAAUGUGGACAAGGUCUUAGAAAGAGAUCAGAAGCUUUCCGAGCUGGACGACCGGGCAGAUGCCUUGCAAGCCGGGGCGGCCCAGUUUGAAACAAACGCUGCAAAGCUGAAAAGGAAAUACUGGUGGAAGAACUGUAAGAUGUGGGCCAUAUUAAUCGCUGUGGUGGUGAUCAUCAUCAUCAUCAUCAUUGUUUGGAGCGUGUCAUCAUGAACAGCUGGAGGAAACCUUUGAUUUCAAAGCUGUUUGUACAAGAAGCUCUUAUAUCUAAUUUGCCAAGCUUUCCUGUGGUGCACAGAUUGAUUAAUAUUUGAAUCGAACUGUUCAUUCUUUAGUAGUUUAUUGACAGUGUGCCUUUAUUUAAAUGAUGUGCUUGAACUUGUAAAUGCUAUACAGUUGAUUGAAGCUGGUUAAAAGUUGUGUGAGCUAGAGAUGAACGUUUUAAGCCUUCAGAAUUUCAUGAUCUCCCGUGUGUUAAAACUACAACUUUCUGGGCAUAUUAUUUUGAAUAUCUCUGCCCAAACGCCUGCACGACACAGUAGCAGGAUGGAGACCGGUUCCCAUUUUCUGCCUUUGGAAGAAAUAAUUAUCUUGCAUAUGAUUGUAUCAUAUGGAACAGAUGUUGCCUUAAUCAAAUAGUAGAUAUUAAUUUUGGGGAACUGGCCUUCCUAAACAAAUACCAUUCCUUCUCACACUGCCUUUAAACUGUGAUGUGGUGAAGUUGUAGACACGGAGCACUUUUAAAAUAACAACCAAGACACUUUAUAAUACUUAUGACAAACAAACAAAGCCCCACAUUAUAGUUGCUGUUCUCCUCACAACAAACUGCCACUACUUGGUGCCUUAUUCCAUGGACCUGAACAAACACCAUAAAGUAUUCUUAAAUGCUUUGUAAUUCUGGAUGCACUAGCUAAAGCUUUAGGAGUUAUCUGGCAAAAAAUAAAGCUUCGGGAAGUCGUUCCUUCAACAUUACCAGCAGGAUGUUAUUUGUUAAUGGAGAUUAUAUCAAAAGUAAAUGAACAAUGCUUUGUUCUUUCCUGUUUUGGAUCAUCAUCGAUACCGGCAAGAGGUUUUAGCACGCUUAAAAACAGAAGGCCUGGUGGCAAAGCACAUAUUGUCUCUUCUAUAUUUCAGAAAGUGCCUUGUAUAUCUCAGACCCUCGUGGGCCAAGGAACACACAAUCUUGUGUGUUGCUUUUACUUUCCAUUUUUUUGCACCUCCAUUUGGCUUCCUGUUUUCCUUGUCCCCGUCCACCACUUAGGGGCACAAACUGGAGGCGGACGAAGGAUGGCCCAAAGAACAGGUCCUAUAAAUGGUCUGACCACCAUGGCCGAAUGUGUAGCACUGGAUUUUUUUUGUUUGUUUAGAAUUUUAGAUGCCUUUUCUCUGUGUGUGGUUUUUUGGAAUAAAUUUUGCUAGGAGGUCCUUAAACCCUGUAACAUGUUGCAAGUUGCUCAUUUCGAGGGCUGGGAGAGAGGAAGUGCAACGAAUCUUAAGUUUUCCUUUUCCCUUUCGAAACGGAAGACACUGUACAUUUUAAAUAAUAUUUUGGUGACUCAUUGCCUAAACUUGGAGCUUGGCCCAACUACGGAACAGGGAACAGGGUUGUCAGUUUUGUAAAACUUGUGAUAUUUUUACUAACACCCACGCUUUAAUGACUGUUUUUUCUGGAUGAAAGCGUUGUCUACAGGGGAGGAGGCAGCAGUUAUGCAACAUCCUGGAAUUGCACAGGAAAGCCGCAUUUUCACUGUUAAAUAAAAAUGGAUUGGAAAUCUUA